ACUUCAUGAGUGAUGAGCUAGUGGGUGACUUGGUGAAAAUGAGGUGUAAUUUGUUGAUAAAACCUUUUUUUUAUAUAACAACGUCGUUAAUGUUAAUCUUUCUAUAUAUUUUAUAUUAUGAUAAUAAACAAAGCAAGCAAAAAUCAGAAGAAGAAACAAAAAUCAUGGAAAUUUCUUCAGUAGAUGGUACAUCUGAUAUGAAAUAUAUUUUACUAUGGACUUCGCCUAAGAAUAUUCCUUUCGUUUAUUUGGGGAAUGGUCGAAAAGUAUUUUUUGACAGGCACUGUAGUUACAAUAAUUGUUUUGUAACAAGUGAUAAGAAUCAUCUUGGUGAUUAUACAAAAUUUGAUGUCAUUGCAUUUGCUGGACCAGAGAUAGUGCGUGCACCUGAAGACUAUUUACCUGAUAAGAGAUCACUUCAACAGAAAUUUGUAUUUGCAAGCUUAGAAUCACCAGAUUAUUAUCCAGUUUGUUCUGACAAACUUAAUAAUUUCUUUAAUUGGACGUGGACUUACAAGGUUAAUUCAGACGCAAGAUGGGGCUACAUGAUCGUGCGAGAUUCAAGCAAUACGAUUAUUGGACCAAAUGCUGAAAUGCAUUGGUUAAAAUUGUCAGAAAUGGAUCCCGUUAGCAACGAAUUCAGAGAAAAGUUAAAAUCAAAAACAAAAGCAGCGGCUUGGUUUGUCUCCAACUGUAAUUCCAGAAAUGGUAGAGAAAUAUUUGUAAAUAAGCUAAAUAAAGAAUUAAAAAAAUAUGAAUUAAAAGUAGAUAUUUAUGGUCGUUGUGGUCCACUGAAAUGUCCUCGAGAAAAAAACAAUGAAUGUGUCAAAAUGCUCGAAAAAGAUUAUUAUUUUUAUUUAUCAUUUGAGAAUUCGUUUGCUGAGGAUUACGUGACUGAAAAAUUAUUAACCAGCGUACAAAAUAAUGCUGUACCGAUUGUGUUCGGUGCUGCGAACUAUACAAGAUUCAUGCCGGACGGUAUGUAUCUGAAUGCAAGAGAAUUAGGCGCAGUUAAGUUGGCCGAGAAAAUGAAUGAACUAAUUCGUAAUCCAGAUCUCUACGCGGAUUACUUUAGAUGGAGGAAUCACUACUCGUAUCAUCAUAAAUCUGAGAGUAUAGAAACUGAUGACUACUGUGGAUUUUGCUCUAUGCUAAAUGAAAAAGACUUGGUCCAAAAAAUUACAACGUAUCCCAACUUUAGGCAAUGGUGGGAUACUCCAAAUCGUUGUUAAUUGAAUUAGUUUUAACAAAACAAGGUGUGUUUUGUUGUAUAGAAUAUAUAAACAUAUUAUAUAUGAAAUAUGUCUUAACGCUUCAAGGUAUUGUGCUAAUUGUUACCACGACAUGUUGAGACACUUAAGGCAUAAGUGUAAUAAACGAAUGAUUUCAAUUUUACAUUUAUGGUAGCAGCUAAUUAAAUACAAUUCUUAAUUUCAUUUUGAGAUAUAAUUAACAAUAAAAAAUACCAUUAACCUAUACAAACAUAAAAAAUAUAAAUGAUGUUCUAUUAUAAUAAAAAAUACUAAAAUAAUAAAUAAAAUCAUUUUAUUAAUUUAUUUUAUUGUAUUGCUUGAAAUUAAUACGUUACAAAUUCUCCGUCGUUAUAAAUUACGAUAUAUAAUAUUAAAAUAUACGUUUAAAAUGUAUUAACAUUUAAGAAACAGUAUACUAGACAUUUGUGGAUAAAUAUGUCCAAGACCAAAAUCAUGACUAAUCGCCACAUACGUGCACCUAACAUAAUCGUAGGUAAGGACACCGUACAGGUGGUCAGCGAUUAUAUCUAUCUUGGACAUAGUUUAUCAUUUGAUCGGAAAUCUCAAAUACAGGAGAUUGAAUGACGCAUUGGAUUAGGGUGGGCUGCUUUUGGAAAGCUCGAAGAUACGUUGACAUCCAAACUCCCACAAUGCGUCAAGACCAAUGUUUAACCAAUGGGUCUUGCCUAUACUCACCUACGGUGCCGAAACAUGGACGCUUACUAAGCAUAGCAUGCACAAAAUAAAAGUGGCACAAAGGGCGGUGGAGCGUGCUAUGCUAGGCAUCUCCCUCGUUGAUCGUGUACCAAACUCGGAAAUCCGACGAAAGACGAAGAUAUUGGGAAGCGUAUCAAGAGGUUAAAGUGGAGAUGGGCUGGACACUUGGCCAGACGAGAAGACGAAAGGUGGACUAAAGUCGUCACGGAGUGGUGGCCUAGAGAAGCAAAAAGGCCAGUGGGCAGACCACCCGCCCGAUGGUCAGACGAUUUUAGGAAAAUGGAGGGUGCUCAAUGGAUGCGACUAGCACAGGACCGGGAGAAUUGGUGCGCCUGUGAGGAGGCCUAUGUCCAGCAGUGGAUAAAUGUGGGCUGAAUAUGAAUACUAGACAUAAAAAGCUAAGUAAUUUACGUCUUUAGACGUAUAUUGUUCCAGAUAGGAAUUUGUUUACAACUAGGUGUGCCUUGCGGUUUCCUUUAGUUUUUAGAGUAUUAGCUUAAAACUAUAUGGCUCCUAACUUUCCUCAAAACAGUUUUUUUUUCUACAUAGAACUAAAUAAAACAAAAAUGUGUUAUUUUUGGCUGGGUGGGCCCUCCUUUAGAGUGGACCUAUAUCAAUGUAAAAGUGGUUAUUGGUUACUAGUUCUAUAAAUUAGUGAAGCUUCCAAAUAUUGUAAUAGCGAUAGCAUAAAGGCAGUUAACGGGCAAAUAUUAUUCCGGAAAAACGCACAGCACGCUGAAUGAAACUAUAAAAUAUUAAAUAUAUAAAAUACCUUUUAAGAUAGUGAUACGGACGUUAUCUAAAUAUCAUAUUUAAUUAUAUAUGGAGUUAUCGAUUGAAGUGUUAUCAGAUGUUUCAAUAGAUAAGGAAAGACCUCCAUUACGAUGACGUAAAUGUGAGAAAUGUAAAUAUUUCACUACAUAUAUUCAACUAACCCCAAACUACCCGUUUCGACGUAUGGCUGGAAUAUAUGUACUUUUUCAAUCAAUCAAUCAACAGCCAAUCGUUGUCCACUGCUGAACAUAGGCCUCUCCCAAGGUGCGCCAAAGCUCCCUGUCCUCCGCCUUCCGCAUCCAGUUGGUGCCCGCCACCUUCUUAAGAUCGUCGGUCCACCUGGCUGGAGGGCGCCCUACGCUGCGCUUGCCGAUACGCGGUCUCCACUCUAGGACUCGUCUGCUCCAACGGCCAUCGGUCCUACGACAUACGUGACCAGCCCACUGCCACUUCAGCCUGCUAAUUUUGCAAGCUAUGUCGGUGACUCCGGUUCUUUUCCGGAUAAUCUCAUUUCUGAUCUUAUCCUUCAAAGAUACUCCGAGCAUAGCUCGCUCCAUAGCACGCUGAGCGAUUUUGAAUUUGUGGACUAGUCCCGCAGUUAGCGUCCACGUUUCGGCACCGUAUGUCAUGGCAGGUAAGACGCAUUGGUUGAAGACUUUCGUCUUCAAACAUUGCGGUAUAGACGACUUGAGGACUUGACGAAGGUUGCCAAAUGCUGCCCAUCCCAAGCGACUUCUUCGAUCGGCUUCCUUCUCGAAGUUGUUCCUACCGACUUGUAUUAUCUGUCCUAGGUAGGUAUAUUCACUAACAACUUCGAGAGGUUUCCCCUCGACGUAUAUCGGUCCCGGCACGACAUGCCUAUUGAACAUGACCUUGGUCUUGUCCAAGUUUAUACCGAGACCGACACACCGGGAAGACUCGCAUAGGCUACGCAGCAUUUCGGUGAGUUGUUCCAGCGACUCUGCUAUGAUGACGAUAUCGUCGGAAAAAUCGAAGGUGUGAGAUGUACUCGCCGUUUACAUUGACUCCAUACCUAGUCCAAUCCAGCGUUUUGAAAACGUCUUCCAACGCGUUGGUGAACAGUUUUGGGGGGUAUUACAUCCCCCUGUCUCACCCCUCUGCACAGUUGGAUCGCCUUCGUCUUACAGUCCUGGAUGUGGACAGUCAUUGUAGCGGCGUUGUACAGACAUCUCAGUACCUCGAUAUAUCUCCAAUCGAUAUGACAUCUCUGCAAUGAGUCGAGCACUGCCCAGGUUUCGAUGGAGUCGAAGGCUUUCUCGUAGUCCACAAAUGCCAUACACAGCAGCUGAUUGUACUCUUCGGUCUUCUGCACAAUCUGCUGAACAGUAUGGAUGUGGUCCACGGUGCUGUAACCUGAUCGAAAGCUGGCUUGCUCUGGGGGUUGGAACUCGUCAAGUCGUCUGGCGAGACGGUUCGUGACGACUCUUGAGAACAGCUUGUACACGUGACUCAGGAGGGAGAUUGGUCUGUAGUUUUUCAAGAGGGUUUUAUCACCUUUCUUGAAAAACAGUACCACCUCACUCCCGCUCCACGUUUCCGGGGUCUUGCCAUGUUGGAUGACGGAAUUAAAGAGGCUUGCUAGCUCUUUCAGGACCGGAGUCCCGCCUGCCUUAAGCAACUCUGUUGUGAUUCCGUCAUCUCCCGGAGCUUGUUAUUUUGAGUUCUAGAGCCACCUUAAUCUCGCCUUGGUCAACGACCGGGAGCUCCUCGGAGUAAUGGCGCAUAAGAGGGGCGCGCUGGUCAUCAAUACUGAUUCCCACGGGUUUAUCCGAUCUUGAAGAGAACAACUGCCCAUAAAACCUCUCUACUUCUCCGACAAUCUCAGGCCUAGAGGUAACGACCCCACCAUUUUCAGUUUUAAGUUUUGUCAGACGCGGCCUCCCAAACUUGCGAGCGAACACUUUCGAUCCCCGAUUUUGCUCAAUCGCAGCCUUGAUGGCACGGGUAUUGGAGCGUCGGAGAUCGUGUCGCGUCAGCGUUUUUAUUAUUCGAUUUAAGGCCUUAUCUGACAAAAGCGAUGGUAGUUCUCGUCGUUUUCUCAUGAGCUCGAGUGUCUCAGCAGAGAGUUUUGGUGCGUUGUCUCUUCUCUGUGGCGGAAAACACUUGCGGGAUGUGUUUUGCAGUAUUGUGACCAGCGUGUCGGUUCUCUCAUCAAUGCUGCUUAUGGUUUCCAACGCGGUGAAUUGAUUUUGAAGUUCCAUUUGGAACUUUUCGGAGCCUUGAACAGCUUGGAGCAUGGUAGGUCGGAGAGUAGACCUCAUCAUUCUCGAUCUUUCGGCUUUUAAGUUGAUAUUUAGAGUGCCUCGAACCAAGCGGUGAUCACUUCCGGUAUUAAACCUGUUGAUCACUGAAACAUCUCUAAAUAUGUGCCUUUUAUUCGAAAUGAUAAAGUCUAUCUCGUUCCUUGUCACGUUAUCGGGGCUUCGCCAGGUCCACCUCCUCUGAGGCUUCUUUUGAAAGAAAGAAUUCAUCAAAAAAAGCCCCUGCGCUUCGAGAAAGUUUACCAGCAUUUGCCCCCCUGUGAUUUCUGCAGCCCAAGCCGUAAGGUCCGACUUUCGAUUCACCGCUAUCUUGUACUCUCACUUUAGCAUUAAAGUCUCCCAUAACAACAUUCUAGUGGGCCUUCGAGGUGUCGUUGAGGGCCUUUGCGAUGUCCUCGUACAUCGCUUCGACCACAUCAUCAGAGUAUGUCGAAGUUGGCGCAUAUACCUGUACGACCUUCAGGGAGUACCUGUCGGAAAGUUUUAGGACAAGGUACGCUACCCGGUUCGACACACUACUGAUUUCCACAAUGCUGCUAAUGAGAUCCUUUUUGACUAGAAAACCGACACCACCCUGGGAGAGGUUAUCACCUUCGCGGAAGUAGAGUAAGUUACCGGACUCUAGAGUUAUCGUGUCCUCCCCCUGUCUUCGGACUUCAGAUAACCCCAGUAUAUGCCAGUUUAUGUGACUUAACUCUACUUCUAAUUCGGCGAGGUGAUGGUCCAGCCUCAUCGAGCGUCCAUUAUACGUUGCCAUGUGCAGUCGUUUUAUACGGUAGCCUGCCAUGAACCGGUGAUUCUUAGCACCCCCUGCCCUGCCGAUACCGCGACCGCUACCUUGGUCGGGCCUAGCGGGCUUGCCGGUAACUGGGGGCCUUUUUUUUGGGCGCAUCUGCCAUUAAGGGAGGGGUUUGCCCAUACUCGCCGCGCUGGGCAGGCGUGUUGGCGAGCGCAGUAGGGGAGUAAGAUGUUUAUGGGAGGGGGGACUCCACGGCAAUGACCAACUUUUUACCGCGAGACAUUUUAAAAAAAGUUUAUGCGAUGAAUAUUAUCCAUUUUCUUUCGCGACGUCCAGCAUGUGCUGAAAGACUUCUUUAAAAUGCCGAUACAAUGGCGUCAAAAUAUUCUUAAUGGGCAGAAAUCGCGAGGAAACCUGCAUGUGUCUAAUUUCAUUGAAAUCAUGUCACAUGUGUAUUCUACCAACCCGCAUUGGAGCAGCGUGGUGGAAGAAGCUCCAAACCUUCUCCUCGAAUAGGGGAAGGAGGCCUUAGGCCAGCAGUGGGACAUUAACAGGCUGUUACUGUACUGUACUGUACUGUUACUGAGCAAAUAUAUAUCAGUGUUAAUGACGUUUGCUUGCAACGCUACAGAGCCUUCUAGUAAGUACUUGAAACAAAGCAUAUAGUCUUAAAACCUUGUCUAUGAAACUUUUGCGUUAAUAAGUAAGGAGUAAUCUUUAGUCUCAAUGUAAUAUCUAUAAUACUAGCGAAACCCGGCAUACGUUAUCCUGCCUGUACACCAAUUGUUAUGUCUAUCGGUUUAAUGUCUAAAUUUAUAAGCUGCAGUUGCAAAAAUGUUAAUCAUAUUAUUAUAUUAAAUUUAGUUUAUAUAUAGUUUUAAUUUGUAUAUAUAAAGCUAUCAUUGAAUAAAGUCCAGUUUAUAUUUUAGUUUCGA